GAAACCGUGAAUGGUAUUUGUCGUACUCGCUACGACAUUUCACCUCUGCCCAAAUACAAGCUGCAAGCAAACCCUCAACUGGCACCCUACGCCAACCUCACAGGAAACGCCACUUUCCUCAACAUCGUGAAGACCACCAACUACUCCGAGUGCCGUAGCCACGCGGUGUACCACACCGGCGUGGCCGCCAGGGACGAAGCGGACAUCGGCGACACCACCGUGGGCUCUGCCAUUGCGCGCUCCACCGUGUGCCGCAUGAUUGUCCAGAUGCCUCACCCACACAGAGAGCAGUACAACAUUUCUUCCUCGGUUUGUAACAGCCAACUGGAAGCUAGUCCUCAUCUGUACGACAACCUGAAGACCCAGAACGAAAAUGAGAAUAGUAGCAGCAGUAGUGACGAUAGCAGUUCUUCUGAGAAUAACAGCAACAGCAGCAGCAACAGCAGCAGCAGCAGUAGCAGCAGUAGCAGCAGUAGCAGUGACAGCAGUGACAGCAGUGAUAGUAGCAACGAUGAAAAUAGUAGUAGCAGCAGCAGUAGCAGCAGCAGUAGCAGCAGCAGCAGUGAAGAAGAGGCACCGUUUAACCCUCCCCCUCUGAACUUCCCAGCCAUCAGCCCCGCUCGCCCGGUGCUCAACAAAGAGCAACAACGACAGAUCGCCAGUAAUAUCUGGCAGUUGGUGUACAGCAUUGCAAUUGAUAUAGCCGAUAACAAGAAUCUUGUCAGCCAGUACACCGCUCAGAAGUUUAUCACUCUCACCAAUUACGUGAGCAACGCCAAUAGUUCGUUACUGCUACAAAUCACUGAUAAGCUCAACCACAGGAUAGGAGCAAAUAUUUACAACAGACUUGCCUGGAAGGCUUUCCGCGACGCAGUGGCGGAAGCUGGUACCCGGCCGGCUCUGCUGACCAUCAGGCACAUUCUGGAGAAAGGCUACCUCUCUGAGAGCGAACUCGGCCACGUGUUGCGUGCGCUCCCGCGCUCCGCCAAGGCCCCGAGCAAGGACUACAUCAACUACUACUUCGAGAAAAUCCUCCUGACAAUCGAAAACAGCGAAAUGUACAAGUCGCAGUACAUUCCAGCUGUCCUGUCGUUCGCCGAUCUUGUUCGUCAAACAUACACCGACAAAGACUACGCCGAGGGCCAUUACCCUGUGCACACGUACAAGAAGCUGGAUCAGGGCAAGAGCGACGUGACUCAGAGGUAUUUGCCGUACCUCUUCAACAAACUGAAUAACGCCAUCAAGAACAAUGACAGCAAGGCGAAGCAGCUCUUCAUCCUCGCUAUUAGUAAAGUUGCUCAUGAAAGCGUCCCCCAAAAAUUCCAGCCGUACUUGGGAGGUUACGUUAACAAGACCCGCAUCACCAUUUUCGAUCGUAUGGCGAUCAUGAUGGGAAUGGUGCAGGUGGCACAGGUUUACCCUAAAGAAACUCUUAAGUUGGUGUACAACGUGUACCAGAACAUCGGAGAAGCCUACGAAGUGCGUUGUCUUGCAGUCCUCGCCAUCAUGAACAGCAACCCGUCCGCCGCGAUGCUGCAACGCUUGGCGCGCUCCACCAACUUCGACUCGAGCCCGCAAGUGGUCUCCAUGAUUCGCAGUGCCAUUCAGAGCGCCGCCCAGCUCUCCGACCCCGACGAUCAGGAACUUGCCAACAACGCCCAGACUGCUCUCCACUUGCUCAAGCCUCAGCCCAUGAGCAUCCAUUAUUCGCGCACCUACUUCAAGGACUAUUUCAUGGAGAUGUUGGGCGAUCUUGGAUACAGUUAUCAAGCCACGCAUAUCGGCAGUCAUGAUCACAUUAUUCCCAAAGUUUUAAACAUUCGCAUUCAACGCUUCCUGGGAAAUAUUGAAUUGAGGACGAGGAAGUACUCUGCUAUGGUGUCCAGCAUCAACAAACUGAUCAAUCUGUGGUACGGAUGGGAUAACACCCUCCCUACGCCUCCUCAACAGCCGAUCGUUUUGCCUGAUGGCAGCAUCAACAUGGGACCUCGUGGAAACGAACCACUUCAAGGCCAACUGCGUUUCCGCAUUCCGGGUGGCGAGAAGUUCGUCUUCUUCGACAAGAAGAGCAUUGCUGCAAUUCCCAAUUUUCUGGAACAUCUGGCGAAGGAACUCAGGAGGGGACAAUCUUUCAACUUCACGAAGUUGUACUUUGGACCUCGCAUGACUCUUGCGGCCCCUGACGCUACUGGUAACUUGGCGACAUUCACCUACAGAUCUCCGUAUUUGGUACACUUUGCUGGUACAUUGAAAGGAUACACUAUCCCCGAUCUCUCCAACGAAGAUCAAGUUCAGCGUCAUUUGCACAAUCAACGUCAGGCCAGCUCUAACUUCCCCAAUAUCGCACAGCUUCUAGAGAAUGUAAAGAGAGUAGAGGCUCAAAUGAUCCUGGAUUAUAAGGUAGUGUCGGCGAGAAGCGGGCAAAUUUUCCUGACCAACAACUUCACUGCAAAUUCCACGCGCUACUUGGCUGCUGUGGAGCAAAGCCAAAUGAUCAGCGGCAUUUUUGACACCAAUAUCACCUAUUACUCGCAAUAUGAUGCCCUCAACUUCCGCGGCGUGGACGUGACUCUGAAGCCCGUCAACAAGGAGAAGCAGGUGUUGGCUCAAUCGGCUAUAGAGCCCUUCAUCACCCAUCAGGAUUCUCUGUCAUCCAACCCACCUGCUCUCAGUAAGAACAAGGAGUUUGUGAGCAUUCGUAAAGCUCGCCAGAUGAAAUACAACUUUGGACCUAACAAUGCAUUUGAGAUCAAGGCGGUCACAGAGCAAGAGUUCGUUGACAUGGCAAUGAUGCAGCGUCAAUGGAGUGACCGUGACCUAUUCUCUGUCAUUGCAUUCCCCAUGGCCGAGCCUACCAGUUUGUACCAGAACUUCAGUAUCUGGUAUAAUCCUCAACUCGUCAAGCAAAUGCAAUUGUCAGCGGCGUACACCGAACUGUCUGCCUUGAAUGAACCUCCGAACGUACACCAGCAACACUCGAGGUUCCGUCGCGCCACCAACGGAGUUCGCAGACCCACAGAUGCCUACUCACGAAUUCUGCGUCUCGGAUUCACCGCAAAAACGCCGGAAGCUCCUUUGUCCUGGCAAGUGAAGAUCAAUUUGACUCGAAGUGAUAUCAGGAAUAACGACUACUUGAACGUCACUUACAACUUUACGGCCGGAUCAUUCUCAAGACCCGCUCUCAUCGAAAAGAUGAUUUUUGCCCUCAAGGCUAAUUGGUCGUACAUGCCGCUUUAUUACAUCAUGGAGACACCGAUAUACAACCCCAACUCAUCUCUUGAAGCAAACAUCACUUAUCGCAACUAUAUUAAGAACCAAGAAAUGAACAUCAAAAUCAAGGGAGUGCAGAACAGAACGCUAUCCAGAGUGGAAUAUCUCCGCAACGAUCCUACCGUCAAACAAUGCCAACGCGAGAUGUUGAACGGCAACACCAUGCAAUGGGCGUGUUUGAACGUGACCCGCGCCUGGGGACAACUGGACAGCUACCAGUUCAACGUGAGCUACGACUACCUGACGCCGGGCUUCGUCAACUAUACGUACUACCUGUACACCAAGCUGAACCGGCUGCUGCAGCCGUACUCGAGCGCCAACGUGCUGUUCCAAGGCCCGCCCAACAAGGCGCAGGUGAACGUCACCUUCAGCCCGUCCCUGCGCGCCGUCUCCGUGCGCGUGCACACGCCGCGCAUGGCCGCGCAGUGGCAGAACGUGCGCCUGUCGCCCGCGCUGGGCCUCGCGCUCUCCGCGCACCCGGCGCGCAGCUUCGCGCAGCGCAGCGCCGACGCGCACUUCGUCGGCCAGAACAUACAUGCCUUGAAUAUCACCACCUUCGAUAACAAGACGUACCCGAUUCCAUCGACCGGUUUGGGUAGAUGCUGGCUUGUGCUCAUGACUCGCAAACAAUACAGUGCACCUCCCGAAUACAACAUUACUGUGGCCAUUCAUGACGAUGGGCCUUACAGACUUGCACGCAUUAUCACUCGUGACCAAGACAUCUGGUUGGUGCCAGGAAGUCAGCCUGUGGACGCCAAUAAGUACUCGUUGGCGGUUGCUGAUAACACAGUUGGAGUGAAGGUGCGCAAUGGAAAAUUCUCUGAACAAUACGUCCAGACUGUUAAUGCCACGAAGUACGUUGUGCAGUCACAGAACGAAGCUACUGUCAUCAUAUAUUCACCAAGGAGGAAGUAUGUAGAAGUUGGCGCUUUGAAUAAUACCGUGCGACUUAUAUAUGAUGGCAAGAAACGCUUUAUGCUGUUUGUGCCCAACUCAUUCCGAAAUGAUAUCCGUGGUCUGGCUGGCACACACACAGGAAAUCAAAUCACUGACUUCUCCGACAAAGACGAUCUCGUUGUUCGGAAUUCAGCAGAUUUCAUCUUUUCUCACUUGUAUCAACCUGAAGAAUGCCAAGCCGUCCACGACGACAACAACCCCCGCUUUCCUAAGGAUAUCAUUCUCGGUUACUCCAAUACUUCGCGCAGUAACUCUCUUCACCAGAUCAACGACAACAACGACUCCAGUUCUGAUUCCAGCUCUAGCUCCGAUUCCAGCUCCAGUUCCAACUCGAGCCCCGACUCAGAAUCCAGCUCCGACUCCAGCUCUGAUUCAAGCUCCAGCUCCAGCUCGGAUGAUUCUGAUGAUUCAAACGAUAGCAAUUCUAACGACAGCUCUGACUCCAACUCGGAUUCGAAGUCCGACAGCUCCAGCUCGAAUUCCAGUUCCGAUUCGGACAAUAACGAGAACGCAAAUCCCAAACAGAAGAGCUUCAGCUUCAACGGAAAGAGCAAGCAUUCGGAUUUCAAAAACGCAAACGACGAUUAUCGAUAUUCAAAACAAUUGAAUCAAAAUAAUAAUGCCGAUCAAGCAAGUGUGGACCAUCAUGUACUAGUCCUGGAACUUAAUAGCGGAGAACUUUGCUGCUUCAGCUUACGGCCGCAACCGACGUGCAAGUACCCGAAGGUGCCGUUUAACCACGAGAAGAAGGAAGUGAAAUUCCACUGCGUCGGGAAGAGUAGAUCCUCUGACUACUGGAAGGAUCAAUUGAGCCGCGGCCACCAUGUUGAUUUCAGUAAGAAGCCGGUCUCGAAGGUCCUUCAGAUCCAAGUGCCUAAAGGUUGCAGGAAGCCAAAUCUUUAGUGGUUUUAAACCUGCAUGUUUGUAACAGCACAGCUAUUGUUGUUAAUGAUGGUGUAUGUAUGUAAUGUUUUCUUUUAAAUAAUUCAAAUUACCAAAUAUUUUUUCGGCAAUUAAAUUACUGAUAAUG